AACUUUGGAAACAGGAUGUGCCCUACCCAUAAUGCACCACGAUGACGCCAAAGAUCUUCAAAGCGCAUCAUCAGCACCAGCAGCAACCAGUGAGGAAGGAUGCUGCAGCGGGGAGGAAGCCUCCUUUAAUCCGCCUCCUUUCUUUACACUCUUUUGUUCGUGUGUUUUUUUGGCGUUACGCCUGCAUCAUGUUCCCAUCGUGCAGCUCCAAGCCUUCGGAGAGCGGAGGGAAGAAGAGCUCCGUGGCCAAGCUCCUGCUAGGGGUGUUCAUGGUCUACCUGGCCCACACCGCAUGGCUGCUGUACGGCUUCCUCAACACCAGACCCUGCGAUGAGGGUCGAGGAGAACGCUGCGUUACCUCCUACCUUUCUGCCAGACCGAGAUUGCAGCUGAGUGUGUUCACCUGCCUUGUUCCAGACAACAGUCAGCUCAACUUGGCUUUAAGAAUUGAUGCAUUUGAUCCUCACUCUACAUUUGACAGGCAGGUCAAUAUUGUCCUACCAGAAGAAACUCGAGCCAAUGGCAGCCUGUAUGCGGUGGUGUACAUCCACAAAGCCAACAUUUCUCCUCUAGAGGACAGCCGAGAGGUCCACCAUGCAGCUCUGCUCACCACCUACAUCAGCCCUGCAAAUGCAAGCGCCAAGAGAAAGCAUCCUGUAUCCCAUUGGAGGCCCCAACUGUCAAUCACCAUGAUGUCAGAGGACUUCACCUUCAACAAAGGAGGACUACCCAGUGAUGUGCGCCGCUACAUUAGAAUUUCCCAGGAAGGUCGAAGGAUCAUCUACCUUCCUUUGCUGCUGAUUGACGAGCUCAGCUUCAGAGUCAGGGAUCUAAUGGAGAUCAACGAAAGCACCAUUCAUCUGCCCCUCACUGUGUCCUACAAGGGGAUUUCUCUCAGGAGAUUUCGAUUUUGGGUCCAUCUCCAGGAUGUGGUUUACUCCCUGCGACAGUUUGGCUUCUCUGAGGAGUACAUUGAUGAGAUUAAAGAAACCUUGGUGGGCUCCAACCUUUACCUGUUAGUGCUGACUGCCUUCAUUACGGCUGUACAACUCAUUUGUGAAUUCCUUGCUCUUAAAAAUGACGUCGGCUCGUGGAGGAAAAAGAAGAGCAUGGCAGGAAUGUCCAGGAAGUCUGUUUUAUGGCGAAGUCUUGGUACUUUAUUGAUUUUCCUGCAUCUACUGGAGGAGACCAGCUUGUUGGUGCUACUUCCUGUCGGGUUGGCGGCGUGUGUAGAGGUUUGGAAGGUGUUCCGAGUAUUUGGGAUCAAUGUGCAUUGGAGACGGCUCUGUGUAAACAAGAUGGAUGAAGACGAGCGGAAGACAGUGGAGUAUGACACACAGGCGUCCACAUACUUGUCCUACUUGAUCUAUCCCUUGUGCAUCAGUGGAGCUAUUUUCUCGCUGGCCUACUUACGGCAAAAAAGUUACUUUUCCUGGAUAAUUAACAGCCUGGUAACUGGGGUCUAUGCCUUUGGCUUCCUGUCAAUGGCACCACAACUAUUUAUUAACCACAAGAUGCGGUCUGUGAGCCACCUGCAGGGGGCAGUGUUGAUGUACAGGGGGGUGAACACCCUGAUUUCAGACCUAUGUUCCUGUGUUGCCAUGUUCUCCUCAUCUGGAUCCUUCUUGACGUCUCAUCAGCUCUCUUGUUUUAGAGAUGAGCUUUUCUUCCUCCUCUACCUCUACCAAAGAAGAUGUUUCAUCCCAAAGGUCAGAAGAUCAGAGAGUGGAACCCACAGCAAGAAAGUGAAGACACAGUGAUGAGCAGAGAAACAUCUUUGGAGGGGACUUAGACUGACUUAGAGGAACUCAAACGACUCCUGAUACAAAUGGCCCAGGGUCACUCGUUAAUGGCACUGAUUGCAUCAUAAUACAUCCAUAAUAUGUACUUCCUUUAUAGUGCUUCAUAUGCAUGAGGAGCGUGGUCCUUGAACAUCUCUUUUGGUUAUAUUUCAGUUUACAGAGUGGACACGGUACCUGAACCUGUCACGGUACCUGUCUACAAUGCCCUGCUGUUGAUUUAUCAUGGUAGCUGUCAAUAAAUGUCAGCGUUACUGUACCUAUGCUAAUGCUAAUGGUUUUAUUUCAUUUGAGCAUGCAUCAGAUUACAAUUGAAUGCAUCCCAUAAUCAGUUCACAGUUCCACAUUUCCAAAAGGAGUAGGAAGAGGCAAAGCUUAUUAAAUCCUACCCCUCCAUCUGGUACCUUUACAAUCAGUAACUGUUACAUUUGUUCACUUCCUGCUUUCCUAAUAUAGUUCAAGGUUUUUUUUGUUUUGUUUUUUUUCAAUGGUCAUACAAGUGGAAUGUAAUAUUACAAGAAUACAGUCAUGAUUUUCUGAGAAAAAAAAAUCCUAAUUUGAAAAAAAGUCGUACAUUUCUGAAAAUAAAGAAAAUAUACUAAAAUGUUUUUAUAUUACAAGAAUGAAGUUGUAAAAAUGUAUAAAAUUACGAGAAUAAAGUGUAUGAAAAUUAAGUUGUAAAUCUACUAGAAAAAAUGUAUAAUAUUACAAGAAUUAAGUCAUGAAUUUACAAGAUAUUCAUAUUGUUACAGUAUGACAAUAAAGUCAUGAAUCUAUGAAAACAAAGUUGUGAAUUUACUAAAAACAAUUUUUGUUUUAUAUUACGGGAAUAAAGUCA